UACCAUUGGAUGGUAGUUCCUAAGGAAAUGAGCUUUAUAUAUCCUCUUAGCUCGCGUUGCGAUGAGGUGCUAUUAAGGGCACGACUGAAUCGAACAUCCAUCUUGAGAAUUGAAUAGGAGCGCCGAGUCAGGACGCAAUCCCAGUUGAGCCUCCCCCACCACCGGGAUUAUUGUUUCCCCAUGUUUCCACCACGCUUCAAAAACUCAAUUCCCUCUGCUGAUAGUGGAGAUGGACCCUCAUCCUCCGCCCCGGUCCUUCUUUGUGUCUCCAUAUCUCCGCUCUCUGAUUGCUGGCGGCUUCGCUGGCACCGCAGUAGACUUGUCCCUCUACCCCCUCGACACCCUAAAAACCCGCCUCCAAUCUUCCGGCGGCUUCUUUGCAAACGGCGGCUGGAGAGGAGUCUACAAAGGCGUCGGCUCAGUAAUCGCUGGUUCAGCCCCCGGCGCCGCGCUCUUCUUUGUAACCUACGAAGCUACAAAAUCCGCCCUUGUCCGCAGCCGCCAGUUUUACGGGCAAGACAAAGUCGGAAUAGUGGUAGCGGGAGACCACAUGCUUGCAGCUUCGCUCGGCGAGAUAGUAGCGUGCACUGUGCGUGUGCCCACGGAAGUUGUUAAACAGCGGGCACAGGCGUCGCAGUUUUCAAGUUCUUGGAUGGCGUUGAGGAACAUUUUCACCUCGAACAGAGGGCUCGGAAGGGUUUGGAUGGAGUUGUAUCGCGGGUGGGGGAUUACGAUUAUGCGGGAGAUUCCAUUCACGGUUAUUCAGUUUCCCUUGUGGGAGGCCAUGAAGAGAUGGAGGAGUGCGAGAAAGGGAGGAAAGGUUAAUGCUGGGGAGAGUGCACUGUUUGGGAGUCUGUCCGGGUGUGUGGCGGCUGCGGCAACAACGCCUUUGGAUGUGCUGAAGACGAGGCUGAUGUUGGGCAAGAAGAAAGAGUCUGCACUUUUAAUUCUGCGCAAUAUGGUGGGGGAAGAAGGCGCCCGAGGGUUAUUCAAGGGAAUCGGGCCAAGGGUCAUAUGGAUUUCCAUUGGAGGAGCCAUAUUCCUUGGAGCGUGGGACUUUGCCAAAGGAGCCCUUGAGAGUCUAUGA